AUGGAAUAGUUGAAGGCUGGGUGUUCCUGUAUAAAAAAGGCACGUCCUUGAAGCAGAGUUUGUUCCUAUCUGCUACUCUUCUGACCUACCCUCGUUAGUUGGACGCUAAUAGAAACAAGAGACAUCCAAGUGCUAAUGCAGCUAAUAAACUUGAAGCAAUUUGUAGGAAGUAAAUUCCACCAUCAUUUAUUUUUGGAAAGUGGGAAGUGAGAAGAAAGCGAACAAAAUCACCUUCAUUCUCCACUUGCAAACAAUUGAUAAAUAACACAAAAAUGGAUAAACAAUUGUAAUGAUUGCUGGGAUUGCAUUCUGCUUAUAGAAUUGAAAAAGAGCAGGUCAUAAGCUCAACCAACAAUAAUUACGGAACUAUAGUGUCCUGCAAUGGUCGAGUCUGCCCAGCUAGUGCAGGAUUGACUAAUUUUACAACGCAGGAACAAAACAGGGGCAAAAGUUCAGAAAAGGAAAUGAUCAUAAACGCUAAUCUGAUUUCUGAUCCUCUUGGAAACACAUGGAGCGUUUCAGGGGAAAAAACUUCGAAGGUCUCAACUCCCAUGGUUCGAUGGGUCCAAAACCUUGUAGAUUGUAAUGCCUUCAGUAUAUGCUUUUAUCGUCGGACACUGGCAACAGUGGAGAUCUUUUCGCUUUUGGAUUAUGUAUGGACCACAAGUAAUGUGGGCAUCAACAAAUGAAAUCCAUUUAUUAGACCACAAAAACUAUAACUUUUACAGACUUUUCUGACACCGCUCUAUAAACCCAUUGGUUGAGAGUCGAGACCACCUGUCCCUAGUCGUCCACUUGAUUGGGACCUCCAUCACACCCAAUUGGUUACCAAGAAAGUCUUGACACGUUUCCCACAUAAAUUCCAUGAUCUUAUCCCAUCCGUUGAUCCCCCCCAUCCCCACCACCCUCUAACGGGCAGGCACGCACCAACCAUUUCUAUUCUCCCUGAAAUUAAAGAACAAGAUCAUGAUUAUUAUUAAUUAUUAUUAUACAAUUACAAAAUGGAGAGGAAAUGAACUUUGGGGUUUAAUCUCUUUUCUUCAAAACUUUUCUUUCUCAUUCUCUUUUUCUGUGGAUUUCAUGUUUCAUUCCUUUAUAAUUCCUCUGAUCUCUGCACCAAACCCAUAUAUGAAGGAAACCUUACAUUAAUUUCCCUUGAAAACAAACACGAUAGUCUCCCAUUUGUUGCCUCAAAUUACCAUCUGGUGUUGACUUUGAAAGUGGAGUCGUUUCAACAGCAUGAAAUGGACCCAAAUGAUGAAGGAGCCACCUCUGAUGUUAGCACAAGCGUUGGAGAGGUUAACAUGAAGAAAAGCAAUAACAAUAUCAGCGACAAUAACAAUGGCCUCUCGAAGAUAUCAACAAUUGAUGAAACGGAAGCAUUGCAGCUCAUAUCCUUCAAAGAAGAGCCCAUUGAUUCCGACCCCGACCCACCCUCUGACUCGGAUCACAGAACCCAAUCACGUGCCCCAAAGCAGCCUCCUCCGUCGCCGCCGACGGCUAUUGGGGUCGUCCCCAUGUCUAUGCAGAUGCAGAUACCAAUGUCAAUCCCUCUGCCCAUGCCGGUUACAGCGAGUAGAAGGUCAUCCACCAAGGACCGCCACACCAAAGUCGAGGGCCGUGGUCGUAGGAUCCGAAUACCCGCCACAUGCGCCGCCCGGAUAUUCCAACUUACCAGAGAACUAGGCCACAAAUCAGACGGCGAAACCGUUAGAUGGCUUCUGGAGCACGCCGAACAAGCCAUUAUUCAAGCUACAGGCACUGGGACCGUCCCCGCCAUCGCCGUUUCCGUUGGUGGAACCCUCAAAAUCCCCGCAACCACCAACGAUACCAACAAUUCAUUAACCGAAACAACAAAGAAACGGAAACGGCCCUCAAAUUCUGAGUUCUGCGAUAUAAGCGAAGCAACUGUUUCCGUUUCACAGAGCUCUGGGCUUGCUCCGGUGACGCCGACGACUCCAUUUGCUGCGACUGCGACCCCUCAAGGAUUGGUGCCCAUGUGGGCUGUGGGUAGCGCAGGGAUGAUGGUACCCGCAAAUGCUUUUUGGAUGAUCCCGCAAGCCGCCACGCUGUCGGGUACUCCUGCAUUUGUGGCGGCAGCUGGCCUGGUUGGGCAGCCGACCCAGACGCAGCAGCCACAAAUAUGGGCAUUAUCACCGUCAAUAACGUCGGUAUUCAACGUGGCAGCAGCGAGGCCCAUAUCAACGUUUGUGGGGGCAACGAAUACUAGUAAUAAUCAGUCAUCUAUAGGGAGCGUGGUGAAUAUACCGAGUGGCGUGGAGGUUAGGGCAGCGUCAGCAGUGGUGAGUAGCACAUCGGUUGGGGCGAAGGAGGCGAAGAAGUCGACGAUGGCUCCAAGUGCUAGUUCUAGCGGUGGGAGCGUUAGCAGUGGAGGAAAAGCUCAACUGCUGAAGGACUUUUCUUUGGAGAUAUACGAUAAGCAAGAGUUGCAGUUGAUGGGUCGUCCUGGUAAACAGCAACCCCUUCCCCAAGAAGCUAAUUGGCAUCUGCAGCUCCAACGAACUAGGUACAAAAUAGCCAUGAUUGACUUGACCGUAUAGCCUACUUUAUGUCAUAUAUCCUUUACUUCAUUAAUAUAGGGAAAAUUUUAUUGGGAGGUAUUUAUAAAUAAAAAUGCAUAUUAAUGUGGUUUUAGGGUAACAAAGUUGGUUUGAUUGCAUGCAUGCAUGCCAAUGUUAUAAUAUAUAGAGACAGGAUAAUUUUAUAUCCUUGUAUAAUUUUAAUUAUUCAUACAUGUAAAAUGCUAUUAUGGACGUUGGUAAUAUAUAUUGUAUUGGAGAAUUAGCCUUUUUAA